CAAAGCAAAACAUGGAAUCCCCUAAUUCUCCACUCUCUCAUCUCCUCCUCCAACCACCACCCACAGCCCCUACCUUCACAGCUAAAUUUCCCAAUAAAUUAUCACUAAUCCCACUUAUUUUCCUCAUCUUCUUUGAGGUUUCCGGCGGUCCAUAUGGCAUAGAAUCUACCGUCGGAGCUGCCGGGCCUUUUUGGGCUAUAUUAGGCUUUCUCGUAUUUCCCUUCAUUUGGAGCAUACCUGAGGCCCUUAUCACCGCCGAGCUUGCCACAGCCUUUCCCGGCAACGGCGGUUAUGUUAUUUGGGCUGACAGGGCUUUUGGGCCCUUUUGGGGCUCUCUAAUGGGUUCUUGGAAGUUCUUUACUGGUGUCCUUAACUUGGCCUCGUACCCAGUUCUUUGCAUAGACUAUGUCAAGUUGGUGUUUCCAAUUUUCUCUUCAGGUUUGCCUCGCUAUAUUGCAAUUUUAUUUUUCACUUUAUUGUUUUCUUUUUUAAACUACACAGGCUUGGCUAUAGUUGGUUACACUGCAGUGACUUUAGGUGUUUUAUCACUAUCUCCAUUUGUAGUUAUGACUUUAAUUUCAAUCCCCAAGAUUGUUCCUUCAAGGUGGAUAAAUUUUGGUCAAAAGGGUAUCCAAAAGGAUUGGAGUUUGUAUUUUAAUACUUUGUUUUGGAACUUAAAUUUUUGGGAUAGUGCUAGUACUUUAGCAGGAGAAGUUGAGCAGCCUCAAAGUACUUAUCCAAAAGCACUUUUUGCUGCUGGUUUAGUUACUUGUUUGGGUUAUUUACUUCCUCUUUUAGCUGCUAUUGGAGCUAUCCCACUAAAUCAAAAAGAUUGGACAGAUGGAUAUUUAGCUAAUUUGGCUAAAAUGAUUGCAGGUAAUUGGUUAAAAAUUUGGGUUGAAAUUGGUGCAUGUUUAUCAAUUAUUGGUCUCUAUGAAGCCCAAUUAAGUAGCUGUGUAUAUCAGCUUUUGGGUAUGUGUGAAUUGGGAAUUUUGCCUUUGUUUUUUGGAGUUAGAUCAAAAUGGUUUAAUACACCCUGGGUAGGAAUUUUGCUUUCAACAAUAAUAGCAGUAGCUGGUUCUUAUAUGGAUUUUGAUAAUAUAAUUUCUUCAGUGAACUUUUUAUAUUGUUUAGGUAUGUUAUUGGAAUUUGGAUCAUUCUUAUGGUUAAGGAAAAAAUUGCCAAGUAUAAAGAGGCCUUUUAGAGUUCCAAUGGGGAUGUUUGGUUUGGUGGUUAUGUGCUUGAUUCCAUCUGGGUUUUUGGUCUAUGUAAUGGCUGCAGCUAGUAAAGUUGUGUAUUUGGUGACUGCUAUUUUAACUUGUAUUGGGAUUUUUUGGUAUUUUCUCAUGGGGUUUUGCAAAUCAAAGAUGUGGAUUCAGUUUAAUAAUGUUGGAGGAGAAUUGGAAUAUGAGGAAUAGGGUAGGUGUAUAUGGGAAUUAUUUUGUAAAGUAAUUGAUUUCCUGUUUACUGUUGAAAUUGAAAAUGCCUUGUCAUCUAGAACUACACUCUUAUACUCUCUCCCUUCCUAAGUUCUUAUUAGAAAGUAUUAUGUUUUCAAAUACUUGUCAUGUUUAUGGAUUUCACAAAUGAUAUUUUUAUUUUACCCUUUGUAUA